ACGGAUGACGUCAGGAUGACGUCAGGUGUGUUUCGAGGGAAACGCGCAGAAGAUGAGGAUGUUGUAGGCAUUCGCUCGUGGACGCUGGACCCAAAGCUGCAGAUCGUGCCCACACUAAUCCCCCAGGACCAGCGGUGCCGCCAGGAUUUCGAUCUGUCCGAUGCCCUUGGCGACAAUGAGAAGAAACCCACCGCACCCCCCAAGAAGCCCAGCACUGACGAUUUAGACUUCAGUUUGGAAGACGCCGUCGGUGGGGGAGGAAGCAAUGACCCAGGCCCACCCAAGCCCCCCAAACCGAAGCCUAACCCAGACCCCAAGCAGCCUGAAUCUGCUGGUGGCUUUUCGGAUUCCGAUCUCCUGGACGGAACUUCCAAUGCAGGCGGCGGCGGUGGCGGCGGUGGAGGCGGCGGCCAGAGGCCCGAUGGGGAGGAGCAGGCUGACUCCCCCGGGGUCAUCCCUGGCAUCAUCGGGGCGGUCGUGAUGGCCGUGGCUGGGGCGAUUUCUAGCUUUAUUGCCUACCAGAAGAAAAAACUCUGCUUCAAGGAAAACGCCGACCAAGGUGACCCCAGCACCAAACACCAGCAGAGCUCGGACCAACCCGCUCAGCACUCCCUUCUGGAGAAAUAGACGCUCUGCAGUGUGGAAAGCAGCCCCGGUGCUCCCAGCAGGAGUCCAGCGCACCCUUGCUGAGUCUUCCCCACACACCUGUGCCCCAGGGCAGAGCCGGCCCGACGUGGGCACCCAGCCCCACCCUGCCCACGCCUCAGCUCACACGGACCCUCUGUCUUGUUCAGCUUGACCUGUGUGUUUGCCUGUUGGCGCCGCGCUGGGGAGAUGAGGCUGACUAGCACCACAUGUGCGUUCAGGGGACUUGACCACGCAGCUCCCCCGGGACCGCUAGAGGGUUCCCCGCCAUGUGUGAAAACCCCAAAGUCCAUCACUAAGUCGUUUAAUCCCGACCCCACUGAAGUCCCCCCUUUCCCUGUCCCACCAGGAGCUCCAGCCGGUUUGCAAGUUACAUGUGGUCAAAAUUUACUUUACUUGGUAGAAUAUUUUUCCAGAUCAGGCUAAUAAAGAAAUAAGGAACCAAGUACUUUUUACUUAACUGUAUGGCCACGGGGUGACUCGUGAAGGCUGCGGAAAGUAGUGCCAAGGACCACGUGGUCCUUUUCCUGGGAUCUGGGAGACAAAUGAUCAACCCAGGGGUAGCCCUGCAGUUUCUCUCCCUGUUUCCCUCCACUGGUCUUGGUACAUGAGGCACAACGUCUUCUCAGCAUCCAGAUACUCCCCUGCAUGAGAUAUUCCUUUGUAUUCAGAUACUUCCCUGCAUUGAGAUAGUCCUCUGCAUUCAGAUACUCCCCUGCAUGGAGAUAGUCCUAUGUAUUCAGAUACUCCCCUGCAUCCAGAUAGUCCCCUCCAUCAGAUACUCCCCUGCAUGGAGAUAGUCCUCUGCAUGGAGAUAGUCCUAUGUAUUCAGAUACUCCCCUGCAUCCAGAUAGUCCCCUCCAUCAGAUACUCCCCGCAUACAGAUACUCCCCUGUAUCCCAAUACUCACCCAUAGUGCAUACUUCAGAUACUGCCCUGCAUGAGAUACUUCUCUGUAUUCAGAUACUCCCUUGUAUCCAGAUAGUCCCUUGCAUUCACAUACUCCCUUGUGUCCAGAUACUCCCCUACAUUAGAUACUUUGUAUUCAGAUACUCCUCUGCAUCAGAUAUUCCCCUCCAUCAGGUACUGUGCUACAUCCAGAUACUCCCCUCAGUUAGAUACUCCUCUGUAUCUCCCAUAGUAGAUGCCUCCUAUUCAGAUACUCCCCUGCAGCAUCCAGAUACUCCCCAGCAUCAGAUAACUCCCGUGAAUCUUCCAUGUGUGUGUUUGUUUGUUUGUGGUGGGAAUUUGUUAACUGUAACAUCUUUAAAAAUGUUUUAACUGCUUUGAUGUGAAAGCUUCCUUUGACCUUGGGGUAGGACUGCUUUGUGACCACCGAGAUGUCCUGACCAAUUUUCUAACAGCUUGAAAUGACUGGAGAGCUCAUUCUUCCUCGAGAUAAACAAUGACUUUCCUGCAUCGAGAAACCCUCCCCGCAUGUAGGCUGUGUACGCCCUGGAAAGGUGUUGGUGUGCAUGCGUUUAUGUACCUCCCAGAGGGGCAACAUCGAGACUGUUGGAUUAAUCUCCUCAAGUGCAGAAGUUCUGAUGUUCUGGGGAUGGACGGCAUGGUCUGGCUGUUUUCCUCUAACUGUCCUGUCUCUGGCAGUAUGAUGACUUUUCGGUUCAUGGAAUGGUAAAAAAAAAAUGAUUGAGACCCUGGUGAUUUAUCAGAUUCACUCAUUAAUUCAUUCGACAAACACCUGUUAGAUGCUCCUUUGCCCUGCCCCGUACUCGAUGGCUCCGGCAGGUGCAGAAGUGAACACGGCAGUGUGGAUUUCAGAGGACCUAACACAAGCAUCUCAAGUGUCAGGUGGACCAGUUGUCCGGGGCUGAGGGCUGGGCUACCCACUAUGGCUGGGUCCCGUGCUACCGAGCACACACACAGAGGGACCCACCUUCUUCCCAAACGAGCCUUACAGUAAUAAAAACUGCAUAAAAUAUUUUUGUAACUCUGUGAAUAACAUUGCUGUUUUUAGAAGCAUUGCAAUCCUAUGAGCAUAAACGUCUCCUUAAAGAGCAGAAUGGACCGUGGGUAUUUUUUAAAAAGGUAUGUGAAGCCAUGAGUCAUUCAUAAAUAAACGUGUACGUGAACAAGA